AUGCAGAUGGGCGAAAAGGUUAGCGUGGAUCUUACCGCACCGCAUAUGGCCCAACUCCGCCCAGGUGUGCGCACCUCGGCCCUCAGUGCGACAGACCGUGUGUCCCGCAUCUCUCGCGUAUCCUUCGCUCCAGACACUCGUCCGUCGUCCGAGUAUCGGCGCACCCGCGCCUUCCAUACAGGCCAUGUCCCGCCCCUUCCUGAGGCUCAUACUCGAGAUGCUGGAGAGAUGUCUCCCACGCAGACCGAUGGCCCACUCAGCCUCUCCGCCGAUGACAUUCGUUUGCGCAUGGCUGGACAAGAGACAGCGCCGCGGGCGAGCGUUGAUGCAGUUUUUCCUGCCUUGUCUAUGAUGCGCACAGGCAAUGACCAUGCCGCUGAGAACGAUGACUUCUUAAUCCCAGCCAGUCUCAGACCUGACGCUCCCGUGCCCCCCUUGUCCGUGCACCAGCAGGCUCUCCAAUCUCCUAUCAUUGGAGCUAUGCCAAUGCCGCCGGGGCCUCCGACCGCUUCCACCCCCGACGACAUGCUCCGCGCUUACGCUCAUCGCUCUCUGCGCUCGCCCCCACCCACCUAUGCCACGCAUCCGACACCCGCACCCAGCUACAACGGUAGUGGGAUGCGCACGCUCUACACUCCUGCGAGCGCGAGUCCUAUCACUGCUACGUCGCCGCUCGCGCCGGAUUCGUCCGCGCUGCUGAUUUCGCCCUCGUCGCCGGGCUCCGUGUACCCCAACACGCCCCAGGUCUCUGAGGACGCGCAGCAUGAGAGCUUUUCGCCCACAGAAAUCAGCAAGGAAAGUGCCUACCGCGGCUUCGCUGAGUAG